CCCGGCCGAUGUUGCCCCUGAGAUCACACUUCCAGACAUCGUUUUCCCCGAGCCCACUCCUCCGGACAUCGCUUUCCCCGAGGUCGCUCUUCCAGAUAUUGCUUCCCCCGAGAUGACUCUACCAGACAUUGUCCCCCCUGAGGAGCCUCUCCCUCAGAUUACUCGAGCGGAUCCCGUUCUUACGUAUUGGUCAAGAGUUUUAAAGGCUAUGAAGUCUACUCUCGACAAUGACGGUAAACUUCCCAUUGACCUCAAAUUCAUGGUGCAUACGCGCAUGUCGCCUCGUGGACGUAUCAGCUUCCCGAGGGCGAUCUUCGCGAGCAGUGUUCUGGUGGAGGGAUACUCAGCUUACCUAGAUAAAUACAUAAAUACGGGUGCAACGUUGGUUGAUCUGGAUUCCGAUGACCAUGAAGAUACGGCGUGGGAUGCGUACGAUUAUGACGCAGAUAGUGAUUUUGAUGAGGAUGAUACCAAUCUUGAUACAGUGGAUAUUGAUGUCACGACGGCCCCUACGACAGAUUUUGAUUUCGACACCUUCGAACCAGCAUAUGAGGAGUCGUUUUCGUCCAAUCAUUCUCCAUCAACCCCAACAGAGUCGCCGGUGCCGUUCCCAUCGGUGUCACCGCCGGUGGCGCGAACUGCGCUAGUAUCUCCUUUGGAUGUUGACACGGCGCUACCAACAACAGAAGACGUAUCCGAGUCUUCUGAUAGACCGUCAUCGCUGUUUUCGGGCGGGGACGACAUCCGUGGAACGAGCGUGCGAGGAUCAAUCCGUUUGGGAACCAUCUGGCAUGUUAAGGAUACCGCAUAUACGACCUGGAAAGCUCUCCUGGCAUAUCUAUACACUCAAGAAAUAUCCUUCGCACCUCUAAAGUCAAAUGGGACUCCGAGGACCGUCAAAGAUGCAUGCUCACCAAAGUCGAUGUAUCGCUUGGCUGUAAAGGCAGAUCUCGAUACCCUUAAACAAUUGGCAUUCGAAAAUAUUCGUUCGCAAUUGACACCGAGUAACAUCAUCGCCGAGGUCUUCUCCAAGUUCACUCACAAGUACCCCGAAAUACUUGAUAUGGAGGUUCGUUACCUGCUCGAGCAGUUUACUGACCCUCUGGUGUAUCCUCAAUGGGAAAGGAAGAUGGAAGAGGUCGGGCGUGGCGCUUGUCCUCAGGGAGCUUCGGUGGUGAACAGGGUCAUGCGUUUGACUCUGUUGGAUCGGGCGCCUUCGAAUAAGAACUCAGAGCCUUCUGCAUGUUAAUUUCCGUUGGCAAUUCGCAGUGUUUAAUCGCCGAUUACCGAUGGCCGCUGCAGACUCGAGACUCAACUUACAUUGCGUUAUGUACAUCAUGUAUCAAGGUCUCUGGUAGCGCCUCCGAUGCCGUCUUGCGCAUUCUGAAUAUCAUCCCUCAUUUGUUACAGGCAUGCGCCUUCGUCUG